GUGAACUUUGGUCGUCAUCCUACAUACGUUGGAAAUCAUCGGACUGAAUCAAGAGAAAUUCUCGAUUUUUGAUUGUAAAAAUGACUAUAAUUUGUGUUAUUAAUGUUCAUGAAUACUUGUUCUUAUGUAUUUAAAUAUCCAAUGAAUGAUUUAAUGUUGGAACUAUGUUUUCUACUGUUACAUAUCAUUACACAAAGACUAGUAUUCAAUGUCGUUAGAGGAUAUGCUUUAGAGCUGUUCUUCUGUUUAUAAUUCAUUUGAAACAGAACAGUUUAUGGUUGUGUGUAAUUUGAUUAUUUUGGAAAUUUUGAACUAUCUACAGUAUGCCGAGUGAUCGUAGGAUUAAGAAUAAGUCUUCAAAUUUAGAAGCAGAACUAUACUUAUUGAUUGCAAAAUUUCUCAACACUGGGCCGUGUAAGCAAGCAGCAGAGGUUCUUAGGAAAGAAAUUGAGGAACACCAUUUGUUGCCGAAACGUGUUGAUUGGCUUGGAAAUGAGCAUAGUAGAAGCUUUAAUGAGUUGGAUAGUUACCUAUCCCAGAUAUCAGAUGACCAUCUGCUGAAGAUAUGCUCAAGAAUUGGACCCAUCUUAGAUAAAGAAAUACCACCAACUGUUCCAGGCUUAACAUCUCUGUUAGGAGUGGGAAGACAAUCUCUUUUAAGGACAAAAGAAGAUAUCGAAAAGCCAAAGUAUAAUUCUAUCAAUCUUUCGGCACAAAAGAAUGGGAUGCCAUUAUUUCCAUCACCUGCAGUUCAGUCUGCAUAUCCACCAAAUAUUACUCAGGUACUAGUCUCUCGAGAAUUAAGUGGUGCUAUAUCCAUCCGACAUGCAUUUUCACCCAAGAUCCAUGCUCGUCCUCAACUUUAUCGAAGACUUUUAGGGCAUUUAUCAUCAGUUUAUUGUGUGCUGUUUGAUAGAACUGGAAAAUACAUAUUUACAGGUGCUGAUGAUUUACUUGUGAAGAUAUGGAGUGCAGUUGAUGGAAGAUUGUUGGCUGCCCUCCGAGGCCAUUCUGCAGAAAUAACAGACAUGGCUGUCAAUUACGAGAAUACAUUACUCGCUGCUGGGAGCUGUGAUAAAACAAUAAGAGUAUGGUGUCUUCGUACUACUGCACCAGUAGCUGUACUUCAUGGACAUACAGGAAUGGUGACAUCUUUACAGUUUUGUCCCUAUCCAAAAAAUGAAGACCAGCUUUUGAUAUCUACAGGCAAUGAUGGGUGUAUUUGCUUCUGGCAAUGGAAGCCCAAAAAUAAUGCGUUCAACCCCAAACCUUUGAAGUUCACUGAACGAAAUAAAGCUGGUGCUCAGAUGAUAUGUUCGUCUUUUAGUCCAGGUGGCUUGUUUCUAGCUACUGGUAGUACCGAUCAUAAUGUGCGAGUAUACAAUAUAGCUGGGGUGAAUGGUCCGGAAAAGAUUUUAGAAAGAGAAGUGCAUGUUGAUCGAGUCGAUAGUUUGCAAUUCAGCAAUUUAGAUUGUCGUUUCAUCAGUGGUAGUAAAGAUGGCACAGCCUUAAUCUGGAAGUAUGAAAGGCAGAAUUGGUCAAGUAUACAAUUAAAGAUGACCACAAAGUUACCUGGUCAGUCAGAUGAACCUGAAGAUGUAAAAGUGAAAUUAAGAGUAACAAUGGUUGGUUGGACCCUUGAUGAUAGCAAAGUCGUAACAGCUGUCAGUGAUUCCUCAAUAAAAGUGUGGAACUCGUCUACUGGAAGUUUGUGUAAUGUGUUAAAGGGACACGAAGAUGAAGUUUUUGUCCUUGAAGCCCAUCCGACUGAUCCCAGAGUUUUCUUGAGCAGUGGCCAUGAUGGGCGGAUUAUUAUCUGGGAUUUGAUAACUGGGACCAUAAUAAAAAAUCACUUCAAUUUGAUUGAAGGCCAAGGUCAUGGGGCAGUAUUUGACUGCAAGUUUUCUCCAGAUGGGUUUAUGUUUGCCUCCACUGAUUCUCAUGGUCAUCUUAGCAUAUUCGGGUUUGGUUCAAAUGAUCGCUAUAAAAAGGUUCCUGAGGAACAGUUUUUUCACACAGAUUAUAGGCCUCUCAUUCGAGAUAUUCACCACCACGUUCUGGAUGAACAAACUCAGAUGGCACCACAUUUAUUACCACCACCAUUUCUCGUCGACAUCGAUGGGAACCCGUACCCACCAAAUUUACAACGCCUUGUUCCUGGUAGAGAACACUGUAAUGAUUCUCAGCUCAUUCCAUAUGUUGCAGUAUCAGCAGAAGGGGAAGCAGAAAUAUUGGAACCGGUGCGUCCUGCCAACGAUGGUACGGUCCGACCAACAAUUGAUGACAUGAUUGAAAGGCUUCAGAUGGAGCAAAGCCAAAACUUAGGAUCAAGAGAUGUUAGCGAUAAUAAUACGCCAAGAAGAACAUCUUCUGAUUCAUUCAGAUCUCCUCAUUCUAGUCACAGACCACCAAAUGGAAAUGUUGAAAGGAAUGGAUCUGAAGCAUUUUCGCCACGAACACCACGAUCUCAAGCAGGUCACAGUCGGGUAGGUUUACGGCGUACAGGAGAUGUUGAGGGUGUCCAGUCAGUUGGCAACUGGCAAUCCAGGGGAAAUCAAGCUGAUUUACCGUCUUGGGUAAAACGGGUUGUUGUUAAGCCCAUAAAUUCCUCAUUGUCCAAUGCUUACCUCCAGAGGAGAAUGGGCUUGGCUGAACAUGAAUUAAAUUUAUUUAAUAGAGAGCGAAAGAAGAGGCCCUUGCCAGAUCCAAGUGAAGAUUAUAAUAAACAAGAAAUGAAAGAUGUAAGAUGGCAACAACGAAAGGGCCUUAGGGCUGGCUUGAGAUCUAGAACUCAAGAGGAAGCACUUAAUAAUGCUUUUGGAGAAGAAUUUGAAAAUCCGGACAAUGUGCAUUCUUCAGAUUCAGAAUCCGAGCAAGAAGAAUCAAUGUCUGAUAGUACAGAAGAAAGUAAUUCUGGAGAAUAUUCGGAUUGGAUAGAAGAUGUCGGAUUAAACGAAAGACCUGCUGCGAAACCUAGUUCCAAGCCGUCUACAUCUGGUAUGUCUGCUAGAUCAGGAAGAACUCGUAGACAGGUAACUUCAUCUGAGGAAGAAUCUGAAGAAGAGAAGGGUGAGGAAGAGGAUGAAGAAGAGGCAUCGGCAACCGAUUCUGCUGCUAAGAAAAAACACAGAAAAAGGCCAGAAAUUAAAAAGAAACCAUCAAUGAAGAAAACUGCUGUUAAUGGCAAAAAGCUUCCAGAAAGGUUCCGUCCUCCUGAAUGGUUAACGGAUGUGACACCUCAUAAAGCACCAUAUGUACCUCAGAUAGGCGAUGAAAUUGUAUAUUUUAGACAAGGUCAUGAACUGUAUGUCCAGGCUGUAAAACGGAAUAGAAUAUAUGACAUAUACAUGAGAAGUCAGCCAUGGAGAAAAAUUAACUUAAGGGACCAAGAAAUUGCAAGGAUUGAAGACAUGACUUUUGAAAAUCAUCCUCCUCGCCUUUGUUGUUUAAAGCUGGUGCUUUUAAAUCCUGCAUCCAAACAAAACGAUACUUUUACAGUUAAAUACCAUGACAUGGCAGAUGUUAUUGAUUUUAUUGUGCUGAAGCAGAACUAUGAUCAAGCAAUGUACUAUGACUGGAAACCAGGUGAUCGAUUUAGGUCUGCAAUUGAUAAAGCAUGGUGGCUGGGAACAAUAAAAUCCCAAAAGCCUUUGAAUCUCAAUUUUCCCGAUUCGAUGUUUCAGUGUUUUCUUGUAAAAUGGGAUAAUGGAGAAAAGGAACAUAUGAGUCCUUGGGAUUUUGAGCCUAUCGAUAAUGCACGUUUACCGAACGAAGAGGGAGGUAGUGUGGAAAUUACACCUGAGGAGCGUAUAGCAAUGAUGUAUGUUCCAGAUCCACAUGAAUGGUCAUCUUAUGGUCGAGAUCAAGACUGUGAUAGAAUAGUCCGGGGUCUCACCAGGAUAAUGGAGUUGUCUAUAGCGGAGCCUUUUGUUGCGCCAGUGGAUUUGAAUUUGUACCCUACCUAUGCUAUUGUAGUGGAAUAUCCUAUGGAUUUGGGAACAAUCAGAGCAAGGGCACAAAAUCGUUUCUACAGGCGCUUGGAUGCUGUAAAGUUUGAUGUGCAAUAUAUAGAAAUUAAUGCUCAAAAGUUUAAUGAACCCACCAGUCGUAUUGUGAAGCAGGCAAAAUGUGUUGUGGAUUUAUGCUUGAAGUUUAUUAACUCUCCAAAUUGCCGGGACCCAAUGGUGUUGUAUCAUGAAAUGAUGGAAGCCAAACAGUCUAGGUCUCAAGAUUCACAAAGUGAAUUAGAUGUACUGUGCAGUGAAUCAGAUAGUGAUGGAGAACAUCCUAAUAGUAGGUUAAAGAGAAAGAAGCAAAAUGCAGUGAAUUCAAGUAAACAUGUGCAUCUGGAAGAUAAAUAUACCUCAAACAGCUGGAGACAACAGUGCAUGUCCUUACUAAAUUACAUUUUUCAAACAGAUGAUUCAACUCCUUUCCGCCAUCCAGUUAAUCUUAAUGAAUAUCCAGAUUAUAGAAAUAUUAUAGAUUGUCCUAUGGAUUUGUCUACAGUUAGAGAAAAGUUAAAUAACAAUUUCUACUCCAGUCCAUGUGAGUUUUGCAAGGACAUGCGGUUAAUUUUUCAGAAUUCUCGGAAUUAUAAUACAAAUAAAAAAUCUAGGAUAUAUUCGAUGACAAUCCGGUUGUCUGCGAUGUUUGAGGAGCAGAUUAGGAGUAUAGUGAGUGACUGGAAAUCUGCUGUGAAAUACGAAGAGAAAAUUAGAAACAACCAGUAUGUGAGCAACAGGAGGAAACCUCUUCCUGUUCAAGAAGCUGAAGUUAAUGUUGGUGCUUCAACAUCUCGCUCUUUUAUGCCAAGUUUACCUUCAUCUUCAAGAUCAGAUACAACUCGUCACUCUUCGAGUCGCAUCUUAAAUAAUGCAUUUAUUGAAUCAGGUAGUUCUCGGAGUAGUCACAGUAGAAUAACUAAUGGAACAGGUCCCAAAAAGAAAGUUAAACAAGAAGAGCCCCAACCAUCUAAGUCAUCUACCAUCCGAACUAGGAAGAAGGAAUUGAGACCUACGAUGGGUACUUCAAGAACAAAUGGAGUUGCAAGUGAAAGAAUCCUAAGAGUUUCUAAAAGGAAGAAAUGUGAGAGGUCUACGAAGAAAUACACUGAAAAUGUUCGAAAGAAAGAACGCUCAAAUUCCGAUGGCAGUCAGUCAGAUUCCAGUGCCAGUAAUCAGUCAAACUCAUCCGUUAGUAGCAGGAGCGAGGAUCUGAGAUGGGGUAGGAAAGCGAAAAGAAUUCGCAAAGAUUCUGCACCUCAAAUACAGAAAACUCUAAGGCCUAGGAUAAUCAAAAAACAUAUUUCUAUGAGGCAUACUCGUUCCACAGCAUCCUAUCAUAAAAAAUCACCAGUGUAUUCCAGUUCGCUUCGUUCACAUACCAAGUUAUCUGCAUCUUUGCAAUCUAUGUCUCAUUCCAGAUCUUCAUCACCAGAAAACCAGUGGCCAUCUAUAAAAAAGAGACCUGUAAAUGAUAAAUUGUCACCUCUUCGUACUCGUUCCAAGAGACUUUUGUGCAGUCCGCCGCCAAGCAGAUUAAGUUCUCUUCGGAGGAAUGUAACGAGACCCCAGAAAUACAAAAGCUCAGGUGAAAGCUCAGAGAGUGAUGCCUCGGAGACUCGCAGCUCUAAGAGUGGUCAAAAUUCUAAUAGUUCUGGCUGCUCGAAUUCAUCAUCCGCAUCCUCAAAAAAUACAACUCAGGAGACCAGGAGCAGCAGUAAAAGUCAACAGUCGUCUUCAAAUUCAGAAUCCGAAGGCAAUUCAGAUGAAGACGAAGAAACAUCGCGAAGAUCCACUCGUUUAGCGAAACGAGACAGCACAAGAGCUACCAGCCGUGCCUUACCUGGGCCUAAGGGUCAAAGCCCAAGGAAAUUAUCCAGUAGAAUUCAGACCAGAAAUUGUGGCCAAAGGACUGUACGUUACGAAGAAGGCAGUGAUGAUUCUUUGCAAAACUAUGAUUCUGAAAACGCUGAGCCAGUGAUAUCUUUCAGCAGCAGGGGCCGUUUACGUUUCCCAUUGAGUAAUGGUGUGCAGAAAAGCCCUUGGAUGUGUAAAAGAAUUUCCACUCAAAAGUUGAAAAUGCACGAAAGAGAAAGCAUUGUGAAAAAGGAGUCUGCUAAUAUGGAAGGUACGUCAGAAAACUCUAGUAUUAGCAAUUUACCUAGUACUUCAGAAGUUCAUAAUGAAAAUAUACCUUCAGAUCAGAAAUCAACUAUAGAUACUCGGAAAGAAAUAAGAAAUGAUGCAAGAAUUCCUAGAAAAUGUUCUGUAAAAUAUGCCCGACCACCUUUGUAUCAUCGAAAAACAUUUUAUGCGAAUUCAAUUUCUGCUCACACCAGAUCUGCAUUUCGUAAACUUGGAGUGCCUGUACCUACAAUGCUUGGUCGCCGCAAUGUGAAGAAAGCUUGCGAAAAUAAUACAAAGAAAAACCAGACCAAUAAGGCAAUCUCUGUUUCAAAUUGUAAUGUUUCUAACAUUCCUAGUACAUCUGGUAGUUCUGAUAUUGGAAGAGUUGAUUUAAAAUGGGAAUUGAGAGCUAAAAUUGUUCCCAAAUAUUUGAAUCCAAUUUUGAGAAAUCGGAAAACACGACCACAGCAUUUUAUUAGAAGCAAUGUAUGCCCUUUAGCAUCAAGGUAUAAAAAUGUGGCAUUAAAGUCAUUAAGGAAAGAGCAUUCAAAUUCUUCAAACUCAAAACUGUCAAUACCAUCCAGUUUUGCCAUAACACCAACUGAACCUAUGAAGUUGAAGAAAAAAAGAGUGGCAUUGAAAGAGCGAUCAAUGAAUUGCAAAUUAGUGUGUGGCAUAGAAAGCUCACAGAGUCAAACAACUUUAGAUAAUAAACAAAAAAAUAAAACUGAAAGCCAGGAUUAUGAUCUUUCAAAUAUGCCUACGUAUGAAAAAAAUAAAAAGAAUUCUGUUAGCAAUAAUAAAUCAUGGAAAAGUAUUCAAAGCAAAGGGCCUGGUGGCAAAGAUGAGCGGCAUUACUUAAAUCAUGAAAUGAAUAAUGGUUAUGAGGAAGGUAAUAAAUGGUCACACAGAUCAACUCGUUUAACAACAAGGAUCAACACAAGAGCUACCAGUAGUGCCUUUCGGGCUCGGAAAAAAUUAAAUCCGGUGGAAGAUUUUUCAGCUAAAAUUCGAACCCGCAAUUGUGGUCGAAGGACUGUGACAUAUGAAGAAGAUAGUGACUUUUAUCAAUAAUUUAAAUGGUGAUGUGAUUGGUAUGGAUGUAAAAAAAUUGUCCAAGACGAAAGAGUAAAAGUGUGGAAAUAUCUGUCCAACAGAUUUAAGAUUUAAAGUUUUUCAUUAGUCUACGUGUGAGUUUUAAAAGAUGUUUCAGUUCCAUAAAACUCUUUCAGGUCUUUUGCAUUAUUAUAAGAUUGUACAGAAAACUAGCACAAGUGUGUUUUUGGAUAUUUGAGAUUAUUUACACAUUUCAAAUGUAAAAAGUCAAUGGUAUCUUUCUCAGAUUUGUACAGAGCCUUUCUUUUCACAUAUAGCUGUGUUUGUGAAAAGGUUGUCAUCUUUUUCUCUUACCUCAUAAAACGAAUGAAAAUUUACUUAAUUUGAUGAAAAACUUUUAGUUACACUUUUGAUAAGUUACUAACUUUUUUUGAUGCUGUUUGAAAUAUGCAGAAAUCCGGUAUUGUGAUUAUACUCAGGGGAAUUUUAAAUUUCAAUGCAAUUUUUAUUUGGUUGCCCUCUUCCUUGCUUGUUAAGUGUGCCUUAAUGUUCUAAAAUAAUUGUCAAGUGGAUAAGGGAUGAAAACGAAGAUCUGCAAGCACAGUUCAUUGAUUAUAAAAAUCUUUAUUAAGAAUAAUGAUUAAUUUAUUUUGUUUUGUUUAUUGGAGCCAGAGAGCUUCUUUCCAGAAUCCUUUUGUGAGGUGUUUACAGAACUUGAAAUAUGUCAAGAUAUUCUUUCAAUUCUACAUUUGUGACCACUGUUAUCGGAAAUCCCAAUUUCAAUAAAAGCCAAAUAUUUCUUGUA